CUUGAUCCCUUGAACACUUCGAAUAUCGACUUUUCAUCGUAAAUUUUCUCCUGGUGAUGCGAAAGCGAGCCCGGUCCCUAAUAGCGAAGCUAGCUGAGUACUAAGUUAGAUAGAUACACCUGCCAAGCUUGGCGCCGCUUUGUUGCACGUUACCACGACCUUUACCCUAUGGCCCCGUCAACUUCUUGUCUUACCAGGUCUUAGUCUGACAACUACCAGCAGUCUUGUCUAGAACUACUUAGAUCAGAUAUAAUUUUCACCUCUGUUGUCACCGUCUGCCACAGCAAUAUUUACGCAGUGUCCUUCACUUCCUUUCAUAACACAGUUACGAAUCCGUCCGUGAUUAGAGCAAUUUGCUGUGCAUGUCAUUCUGAAGCCUCCUCAGCAGCAUAUUGCCUAGAAUGGAACAGACUACGCAAAAUGCCGGACAGCAACAGGGAAGACAGCAGCCUGUAUACGAUACCAGAAAUGGAGGACAUUACGGAGCCAGUGCGGCUCUUUCUGCGCAAGGGUUCGCACCCGUUGCUGAGCUUUAUACGGGUACUUGGGCAAAUGUGAACCAAGGACUACAAGGGACAGCUCGUGAUAUACUGACAACAUAUUGGCAACACAUUAUCAAUCACCUCGAGACAGAUAACCAUGACUACAAAAUACAUCAAUUACCGCUCGCCCGUAUCAAGAAGGUGAUGAAGGCAGAUCCGGAAGUAAAGAUGAUCUCAGCCGAAGCGCCGAUCUUGUUUGCGAAGGGGUGCGAUAUCUUCAUUACCGAGCUUACAAUGCGGGCAUGGAUCCAUGCUGAAGACAACAAACGACGCACACUACAAAGAUCGGACAUUGCAGCAGCUCUCUCAAAAUCUGACAUGUUUGAUUUUCUUAUUGAUAUAGUACCUCGUGAGGAGGCUACAUCGCAUGCGAAGCGCUCAAGUCAGGCUACUGGGGCAACUGCAACCUCAUCGGGUGGUUCAGGCGCCGCAAAUCAAAUGCCAACGGCUCAGCAUGGAGUUCAGCACCCCCCGCAUCACAUGCCACCCCCAGACUAUGGCUCACUGGGCCAGCAUGGAUUGCAAGAUCCGGAAUAUCGACAGCCGCCAAUGUAUGCCGGUGCUGUGCAGUCGGACCCGACCGCAGCUUACGGCCAACAUCAACCUCAAAUGUUUGACGGGAUGUAUGCUUAUCCGCAUAUGCCACCACAACAGAGGCUAAUCAAUUUUGAGCUCAAGUGA